AUGGAUUUGCCCGAGCUAGUAGCGAUUGGGAAGGAAUUAGGCCUUCAGGGUGCCGCGUUGAAAGAAUGGGUUGAGAAGGAACAGAGAGAAAGGCGAGCGCAAGAAAGAGAACUAUUGAAGGAACAGCUGCAUGCGAGAGAGCAAGAACAAAUUCGAGAAACUGAAGCAGCGAAAGCUAGGGCAGAAGAAGUAAAACUUAAGAUUAGACUGCAAGAGCUACAGAACCAGGGUGCAACUGGAUCAACGCAGAGCGCUACGCGCGACGUAAGCAGCACGCUGCCCAUAAGUCCUCAUAGGUGGCUUGCGCCAUUUGAUGAAAAGAAAGAUGAUCUCGAUGCCUACUUGCUGCGUUUCGAACGACUGGCGACGGGUCAACGGUGGGCAAAAGAACAAUGGGCUACAGCGCUCAGCGUGUGCCUAAGCGGAGAUGCUUUAGGUGUGUUUGCCAGGCUGACCCCAGAAGAUUCCGCCGAUUAUGAUAAAGUGAAGCUCGCGCUCCUUCAGCGGUUCCGACUCACAGCGGAGGGGUUCAGAGAGAAAUUCCGAAGCGGGAAGCCUAUGGAGGGAGAAACAGGCACGCAGUUUGCAGCACGACUGAGUAACCUCUUCGACCGCUGGGUAGACCUCUCCGAAACGAAGCAUGACUACGUGAACCUACGAAAUUUGCUCCUGACCGAACAGUUCAUUAAGGGUUGCCAGCCUAAGCUUGCCGUGUUCCUGCGAGAACGAAAAACUGAAUCGCUGACCGAUUUAGCUAAACUAGCGGAUCGCUACUUGGAAGCCCAAUGUCAGAGCAGUCUUGGGAAAAACAAGAACGAAGAAGUGGAAGUAGUAGGAGAACCAAAACGAACGACAAACGUGAAGCAAGUACGGGACAGAGAAGAAAACCGUAACCCGAGACGAUGUUAUUUGUGUAACAAGAUAGGGCAUGUGGCCUCAGAAUGCAGAUCGCGACAAGGAAGACAAGUGGGUGUAACGUGCUACACGUGUGGUAAAGCAGGGCACACCGCAAGACAGUGUUGGGAAAAAGCACCGGCCAAGCCCCAGGCAUCGUGCAUUGUAGCCCCGAGGACGGAGAAACGUAACUCCGCAGACGACUGCAUCAGUGAAGGAUACAUCGAACUGAAAAAUGGAGUGAAGCUGCCAGUGGUGAACGCCUUCGUCUCGCCAAAAACUUUGCUCCAGGUCGAGGGUAUGCCAGUGGUAACGGGAAAAUUGGGAGAACAUCGCGUGACAGUGCUGCGCGACACGGGAAGCAAUACAGUUAUCGUCAGAAAGAUGCUCGUCAAGGAGGAAGACCUGACGGGAGAAGUAGGUCAAGUGUACUUGGUGGACGGGACUGUAAGAAACCUUCCAGAGGCGAGGAUAUCUGUGAAGACGCCGUUUUUCAGCGGGAUCCUGACGGCCAAGUGUAUGGAAAACCCCCUCUACGACGUGAUCCUGGGAAACGUGCCCGGAGCCCGAGAACCAAGCGACCCAGACCCCAAUUGGGAAUCAUGUGAAGCGACAGAUGCCGAGAGGCAGCAGACGCAACUCGCCAUGGAUGAAGAGACAGAGGAACUGAGUGCCGCAGUGGAGACGAGGGGACAGGCCAAGGAAAAGACUCAAGGGAGGAGAGAACGGGCAUCACUCCGAGUACCGGAAAUACACGAAUGGCCAGCGCAGCCCGGAGAAAUUGCGAAGGAGCAGCAAGAGGAUGUCACUUUGAAGUGCUGUUUUGACCGAGUCGGGCAGAGACUUCAAUGCCGCAAUGAGAACAACAGUUCAACAACAGAGUUCGUUGUAAAGGAGGGUAUUUUGUACCGGUUGUACCGAAUGGGAGCUGGAAAAGAAUUUCUGCAGAUGAUCGUGCCAAAGACGUUCAGAGAGGCAGUAUUGAAGCUGGCACAUGACGGCAUUAUGUCAGGGCAUCAGGGUGUGCAAAAGACUACGGACAGGGUCCUAACGGAAUUCUUCUGGCCAGGCGUACAAGCGGAUGUCAAGCGAUUUGUCAAAUCCUGCGACCAGUGUCAACGGACAACCCCAAAAGGAAAGGUGGCCAAGGUACCUCUCGGAAAGAUGCCAACGAUCGAGACGCCAUUCCAGCGCGUUGCCGUCGACAUCGUUGGACCAAUCUCGCCAGCCACCGCGAAGGGGAACCAAUACAUCCUCACGAUGGUCGAUUAUGCGACACGCUACCCGGAUGCCGUGGCCCUACCUAGCAUCACAACGGAAAGGGUAGCAGAAGGCCUUGUAGAAAUGUUCACCCGGACGGGGAUCCCGAGGGAAAUCUUGAGCGAUCGGGGACCCGCUUUUGUGUCGGAUGCCAUGCGGGAAGUGAGUCGCCUGCUGUCCCUGAAGCAACUUCACAGCUCUCCGUACCACCCGAUGGGCAACGGACUUGUUGAAAAAUUUAAUGGGACCAUCAAGAUCAUGUUGAAACGCAUGUGCGAGGAGCGGCCGAGAGAUUGGGACCGGUACCUGUCGCCGCUGCUAUUCGCAUACCGUGAGGUUCCCCAAGCGAGCCUUGGUUUCUCGCCAUUCGAACUCCUCUACGGACGCCAUGUGAGAGGGCCGCUCUCAGUGCUGCGUGAAUGGUGGACCAACGAGGACAUCGAACGUGACGUGAAGACCACGUACGAGCAUGUAUUCCAACUGCGCAACAAACUUGAGGAAACAUGCAAGCUAGCGCACGAGGAGCUGGAGCGAGCGGAGGCAAGAUACCGGCAACAAUACAAUAAGAAGGCCCGCCAGAGACGACUCGAAGUAGGACAAAAGGCUCUAAUCCUUCUCCCCACAGACAGCAACAAACUUUUGAUGCAUUGGAAGGGGCCUUUCCCUAUCGUCGGGAGGAAAGGAGAGGUCGACUACAUCGUGGAUCUAGGUCACACAACGAAGGUGUUCCACGCCAACCUCCUCAAGCGGUACGAGGAGAGAGAAGAAGCAGAGGGAGGCCAGACAAAAGUGUGCAGCGUCGUGUCGAUAGAAGAAAAUGAAAGGGACGAGACAGUACCGAUGCUCAGCUUGGAGAAGAAAGAGGACCACAACGACAUUGUUUUGGCAGGAAGGUUGAGUGAUCGACAACGCAGCGAAGCAAGUCAACUGGUACGACAGUUCAGCACGAUCAUGUCGGACGUGCCGGGUAGUACAAAUUUGGAAACAUGUCGGUUGGAGUUGUCCACGGCGAAACCGGUACACACAAGGCAGUAUCCGCUACCGUUCGCAGUGCGAAACACUGUGGAAGACGAGAUCCAGAAGAUGUUGGGCCUGGGCAUCAUAGAAAAGUCAAGUUCGCCAUACAACUCCCCUGUAUUGGUAGUGCGGAAGCCAGAUAACACGCAUAGGCUCUGUGUUGACUUCCGUAGGUUAAAUGAGGUGCUGAAAGCAGAUGCGGAACCAAUCCCAAGGGCUGACCAUAUGUUUGCAGACAUCGGGGAGAAGACGUUUUUCACCAAACUGGACUUCAGUAAGGGCUACUGGCAGAUACCUUUAGAAAGAGAGUCUAGGGCGAAGACUGCCUUUUCGACGGAAUCCGGCCUGUACCAAUUCCGGUACAUGCCAUUUGGUCUAAAGACCGCUCCAGCAGUUUUCACAAAGGUGAUGCGAAAGCUCUUCGACGACCUGCCAGACGUCCGUCACUACUAUGAUGACGUUUUGGUGGCAAGUGACACGUGGAGCGAGCAUAUGGCGACACUUAAACAAGUGUUCGAGAGGAUCCGCGAUGCAGGCCUUACAGUGCGGCCAACGAAAUGCGAGAUAGGCCACGACGAAGUAAAUUUUCUGGGCCAUAAGAUUGGGAAAGGGAAAGUGUCUCCAGUCGCAAAGCUAGUCGAGAAAAUCCAAAAAGCAGAGCGACCAGUCACGAAGAAGCAGGUUAGAUCAUUCUUGGGACUAACCGGAUACUACAGGGAUUUCAUACCGCACUACGCAGAGGUAGCUGCGCCGCUAACAAGCCUGACGAAAAAGGGAGGAAGCAACACCGUGGUAUGGGAGGAGGCACACGAGGAAGCCUUCAAUGACUUGAAGCGAAGGUUGACAGAAGCUCCGAUUUUACGGCUGCCUGAUCUAGACAAGGACUUUGUACUACGAACUGACGCCUCGGAAAAGAGUCUCGGGGCUGUGCUACUGCAAGAGUAUGAGGGCGUGUUGCAUCCGGUAUCAUAUGCUAGCCGGAAGUUGUUGGCCCGAGAAGCAGCGUACGCCACCAUCGAGAGGGAAGGACUCGCUCUUAUUUGGGGAAUUCAUCGGUUCCACCCGUACCUCUACGGCAAGCCAUUCGUCCUGCAAACGGACCAUCAGCCCCUUCUCCACAUCAACCGAAGCCGACACACAAACGCACGCGUGAUGCGUUGGAGUUUGCAGCUACAGGAAUAUGAUUUCCGUGUGGAAUAUGUAAAGGGAAGGGAGAAUGUCGGCGCAGACUAUCUAAGUCGGAUGUAA